AUGUCGCCUCAGAUUCCCAUCGUUGUCGGCGUUGGCGACUUCGUCAAUCGGUCAACCUCGGUCGCUGACGCGCAGGAACCAUUGACACUAAUCCUGAACGCCAUCAAUAUCGCGCUGGAAGACACUGGUCUCCCCCAGGACAAGAAGCAGCAGUUUCAGGCUGCCAUUGAUAGCAUCGACGUGGUCCGCACGUGGACGUGGCCAUAUGACGACCUCCCGGGUGACAUUGGCCGCGCGUUAGGGGUCAACGCUCGGCAUCAAUUCUACAGUGACCACGGCGGAAACAAGCCUGCCAAACUAUUCGAUCAAGCCGCGAGGAGAAUUUCAAAGGGCCAGACGAAGGUCGCAGUUGUUACGGGAGGAGAGGCAUUGGCAUCCUUGACUGCGUGCGCUACUGCCAAGAAGCUACCGCCGCCAGGAUGGACCAAGACCAAGGAAAGAGUCGAUAAAGCUUUCACUCCUACAGGCAGAGAUCUGGGCAAAGAUAUUGGAGCCGUCCACUCGAUAGGAGCGCCCAUCCACGUCUAUCCGCUCUUCGAGAACGCCUUCCGUGCGCACCGCGGUCAAUCAAUACCCGAAAACCACGACGAGUCGUCUCAGCUUUACGCCGAAUUCGCCAAAGUGGCAGAGAACCAACCUUAUGCUUGGAAUUACGGCAAGCCAGCUGCCACGAAGGAAGUCAUCGGGACGGUAACGAAGCGCAAUCGCAUGAUAUGCUUCCCUUAUCCGCUUCUGAUGAAUGCGUUCAACACCAUCAAUCUGGCCGGCGCGUGCAUCCUGACCUCGACGGACUACGCGGAAGAACUGGGCAUCCCAAAGACAAAGUGGAUAUACGUCCUUGGUGGUGCUGGCACGCAGGACAGUAGUAACUUCUGGGAACGACCGAACUAUUUCACGAGUCCGUCAAUCGAACGCUCCAUCGAUGCAGGUCUGCAUGUGUCUGGUCUGACCAAGGAAGACAUCGACCUUUUCGACUUUUAUUCAUGUUUCCCGAUUGUCCCGAAAAUCGCCGCAUCACAUCUGAACCUGCCGAUAACACAUGGGAGCAAGCCUAUAACUCUCCUUGGGGGGCUGACCAGCUUCGGUGGUGCAGGAAACAAUUACUCCAUGCACGCUUUGACAGAGAUGACGCGACAACUGAGAAAGGGGAAGGGUCGACACGGUCUGAUCCUUGCGAACGGUGGUGUCAUGACCUACCAGCAUGUGAUAUGUCUGUCGACGACGCGCCGACGAGGCGGCUCCCCUUACCCUGACAGAGACCCAUUGCCGGAGUUUGUGACCGACAUCCCAGUUCCAAAGGUCGAUGGCAAAGUCGAAGGGGAGCAGGAUGCUGUUAUCGAGACAUACACUGUCGAAUUCAAGCGCGACAAUACCCCGCUCCGAGCAUACGUCGUCGGUCGACUGAAGAGCUCCGACCACCGGUUUAUAGCCAAUCACGCGGACGAGGAGACGUUGAAGCAGCUUUCGUCCGGAAGAGACGAGAAGAUUGGACGGACGGGGCGGGUCCGGAACGAUGGACAGAGGAACCUAUUCACACUGAAGAAGGGACCGUCCGGGAAGCUGUAG